AUGAGAUUAUAAUAACCACCUCCAAUAAAUUAGUAAACCUUUAGUUUUGGUCAAGCCAACUCAUUUAUUCAAAGGACUUAAUAAACUUAACCAGUCAUUAGAGUAAAUUAACCAUGCUUUCGAGUCUAUACUUAACCUAUGCAAAAUAAGAGAUAAUCUAAGAGUCCCUUCUAAAGAGGAUAUGAUACAUAAGAAGAAAAUAAAACUUUGAAAAUGUACAUAUUGUAAAUGGAGUAAACAUUGGCAAAUCUUUAGCAGAAGUAUUUCUUAUUUAAAAUGGUUAGCAAUAAAAGACUCUUGCUUUAAUAAUAAUUAAAAGAAAAUUCUCAUUAAAGAGAUGAAAUAUAGAAGUUGAAAACUGAAUUAUCAACUGAACUUGCAGAAAGAGCAUAUUUAGAAAGGGUUUGUUAAAAAUUAUGA